AUGUCUCUGACCAAGUCGCUAGUUGCUGGUGCUACAUUUGCAGCAGCACUCACAGCUGCCGUUUUCACGGUUUGCGUGCACUUCGAAGCGUCUGGCGGUGUUCACCUGUGUAGAGACGCAUGCACGCCCGCAGUCGUCAAGGAAUAUGGAAUCAAGUAUGGACUUGGAGUACAAUCUAUCGACACAUUCCUUUGCCACUUGGACGCCUUCUUCAGAGCAAGCUUAGAAUCACCCGUACUCGAAUUCACACAGCUCUUUCUUCUCAGCGUGCCUGUAUCUGUCUUUGUCCUGCUGAUAGAAUCCAUGCGGGAUGACAAACCAUUAGUCGGAUUCGUCCCGCUGCUCUUCACCAUCCUCCUGCAGACGAUAUCAGGUGCACUCGGGGGCACGCUCUUUUGGAUGCCCUUUGUUGUUCAAGCAUGCUUUGGAGGAUCUAGACAGGCGAAGAAAACUCUAAACCAGGUUGACGUCGAAGCCGCAUUAAUCGCUACCGUAGGAGGGUACCUCGCUCCAACGGCGUGGAUGUUUCUCACCAAAGACAGCCUUGCUAUCUUGGUUUGGCAGUUUUUCCCCAUCUAUCUGUCUAUUCUUCAAAAUGGAUGGAAAUUCUACAAGAGGAACGCGCCGCGCCAACCAGGUUUCGACCUGCUCCAACUCUCUCUAUUCAUCCUCUCUGGCGUUGGAACCAUCUCUUGGUUCUAUAUCCUCAAACCACAUAUCUCAAACUCCAUCCUCAUGGACAUCUACAACUGGGCUCCAUCUUGGAGCAUUCCAGACCGCUCGACGGCAACCCUCCCCUCUGCGGCAUUGCAUAUUCUGCAAUACGAUGCGCUAUGGAUGUUUGGAUCUGCCAUCCUUGCAGGAGUGUUCCUCAUGGACACCAUAAAGGAGGCUCUUUUCGCCAUUCAGACUAUUCCACUCUUUACCCUUCUCUUUGGUCCUGGUGCCGUCAUAGGGGGACUAUGGAUGUACAGAGAGAUGCAGCUCCUUAUUAAUGAGCAAGAGGCCGCUGCUAAAGCGGCGGCUGCAAAGAAAAAGUAG